AUGACUUUCUCCAUCCAGAGUAAACAUCGUUCAGUGCAGUAUUGCACCAUUAUUUCACCAUCAAAAGGCAAUGUUUAUGUUUAUGGUACUUAAUCAAAACAAUGAUAUCAUGAACAGUCAAAACUGCAUGUCAAGUAUUUACUUCAGACGUAAAUCAUUUUAUUUUGGUAAAAAUACCAGAAAACGAAGAAAGGCAAAGAAACCAUUGAAUUAGGAAAAGGCUGCAAUUAUGAAAAAAUCAUCUAUGGUUUUACCGAGAACAAGUAACACAAAGUACACCAAUACUGGUUUACUUUGUAAGUUUUUCAGUCAGUCAAAAGAAUGUAAAUAUGGAGAUUUGUGUCGCUAUCGACACGAAAGAAAGUGUGAAGAAAAAGCAUUCAGCGAGUCUUUAACGAGUGAUGAUAACAGUGAAGACAAUAAGCAAAGCAACUGUAUACCAUCAGGUACGUCUUUUUCUAACGAUGAACAAAACUUCAAAAAAAUCCGACCAAAAACGAACGUAAAAACGCGAUAUGUUAGAAGACCAAAUUGUAGAUAUUUCUCAAAGAAUGGAACUUGUCGAGAUGGUGAUAAAUGUAAUUUCUCCCAUCAAAAGAAAAAUAGUGAGAGACCACAGGGAAAUAAUGAUUUAAGAAAAACCCAAGAUCUACAGAAGUCGUUUGAAAGAGGUUUAUCUGUGUCUGCUAAUGUCAAACAGCAGCAGCCUUUGAAAAGACCAAAAAACCUUAGUGAACGAUUAUCUCUGCUCAGUGAAGAUGAAGCAAAAUACUUAUUGUCAGUUGAACUUGAACAGUUAAAGAAAAGAUUUAAAAAUGAUGAUUUGGAAAUACAAGACACAAAAUAUGGAACUGAAUGUAAUUUUAUAAUGAAACCUACUGACCCAGAUUGGCCAUAUGAUAUUAACGAAGUUAAAUUGAAUGUGAUUUUUCCAAAGAAUUAUCCUAAAGAAAUCUUCAAUGCUGAAAUUAUUGAUAACAAGCAAGAGUACCCAGAAAAUUUUACAAAGUACAUAAAUACAAAGAUCAAAGAACAAUUGUUAAGUCAUGAAAAGGCUCAAAAAUUGAGAGACUCUUGUGACUUAUUGUUUCGACCUUUCCUGAGAUGGUUUGAUCGUAACAUGGAAAGUCUCUUCACAAAAACUUUGAAACAGAUCAAGUAUGAAGUACUAGCCAGAUCAUCUGGUCUAGAGUUCAUCACUUUUGACAAACCAAAGGUAGAUGGUAUUGAAGAAUUAAACAAUCAAAAAUCAGAUGAGUUGAUCACACCAACAGAAGUUGUUUCAUCAAAAACUGAAAAUGAAGGGAAAAUUGAUGAUAGCAAUGUAAUAAUGAAGAUGGUAGAAUCAGCAAAGAUGUUUCCCUCGAAAAAAGGAACAGAGAUUAGGUUUCGAGGAAUGGAUCUUCAUGAGAAUACAGCAACUGUCAGAGUUACCUCAAUAAGUUUAACUGUUCAGUGUAGUCGAUGUAAGAACAGGGCAGAUAUGCCAAAUGUCAAAGAAAAGACUCAAGUUGUUUUAUGCUGUACAAAGUGUUCAAAUGCUCAAAGCAUAACAUUUAUAAGUUCAGAGGUUGUUCAUCAACAUUCCUCAACAUUGGCUUUGAUCAGUCCAAAUGGGUGUUUGCCCAUUGACCUUAUCCUGACUGGAUGUCGUCUUUCAAUUGGAUGCUUAAAUUGCAAUAAAGAAACUAUAGUGAUGGGACUUACAUAUGGCUCAACCAAGAAUAUAUGGUGUGAACAUUGCCAUCACAAGUUAGACAUGAAAGUCGAAUCAGCACGAUUUUAUCAAUUACAACCAACACUGAAUUGUCAUGAUAAAGACAUUAAGACAGUAAAGAUAAAUCUUAAGAGAAAUAACCAAAAUGACCCAUUAAUAAAAAGUGGUCAGCCUUUGCCAAAUAAUGGAACAUGUCAACAUUACAAAAAAAGUUUUCGUUGGAUGAGAUUUCCAUGUUGUGGCAAGGUGUAUCCUUGUGAUAAAUGCCAUAAUGAAGCUGAAACAGAGCAUGAAAUGGAAAUGGCCACAAGAAUGAUUUGUGGAUUUUGUUCAAAAGAACAGGCAUUCACAAAAAAAGGGUGUAUAUCCUGCAAGGCAUCUUUGACUGCUAUACACAGUCAUCAUUGGGAAGGAGGCAAAGGAUGUAGAAAUAAAAUUAAAAUGAGUCGAGGUGACAACAAAAAAUACUCAAACAUGAAGAAAACAGUGUCAAGAAAAUCCACAAAAGGAGAGCAAAAACGAUGAAUUACGAAAAAUCCAUAUCAGUUGAAUACUACCGGGGAUAUGAUCCCCUGGGGGAUAACAUCCGUUUAUUAAAUAAGAAAUGUAACAAAAUUCGUCGUCAUAAAAUUGUGACAAUUUUUGUACAUAAAAUUAAUUCGAAAUUGUGUUGACCUUUUGAUACGAGAAUAUUUAUGAUUUUUUCAAACAAGCUAUAUGUAAACAA